AUGACGUCCAACUACAUUAUUCACAUCGGCAACAACAUUGUAAAUAAGCGAUUAAAAAUCAAUGAGUACCUUAGCAAAAACGAGCGGAGGAUAAUUGAAAAAAACACAAGCGCCUUUUUCUACAUUCUAAUUAACCUCAUUUUUGACGUGCCAAUUGAGCGAUUCCGGUUGGUCAUAAAUAGAAAAUACGUUUUUCUCAAGAAGAAAAAAAAAGUCGAUGUCGUCUUCACGAUAACAAAGAAGUUAAUCAUAAUGAACAAUAUCAGCGUAAAGGAAAGGUUCCUCUGUUUUGGGGAUGGAAGAGGUGCAGACGGGAGAAGUGCGGACGAGAGUGAUGGUACCUGUUGUCCCACACCGGCUGAUUACAUCCCCCCCGAAUGCGAAGCCCCAGUCACCGACGCAAAUGUCAGCCUCUUUCCCACGUGGCGCUUCCGCCCCAAGACGGUCUUCCUAGACAAAACAAUUAGAAAGAACAACCCACUGAUGAAUGAAAAAAAAGAUAUUUCUCAUCACAGCAUCAUGUCGAGCCUGCUUACGAAUGCAAAUGGAGAAAAGUUACUGGACUCGAUAAAAUCCCUAAACAACUAUGAUGAGCCUCCCGUCCAAUGGACUAGCACUUCAAUUCACUGUUUAAACCUCCUUGGGAAUAUAAGAAGUGAAUACAAAGAGGAAGUGAAAAAAAAAUUAUCCUCAUACAACUCCUUCUACUUCAAAGAAAUUAAAAACAAAAUGAAUCCCUUUAAGACCAAGUCAAGUGAGGAAUGCUACUGCCCCAGGGGAACCCCCCACUGUGACACUAGGAAAGUACACAUUUCUGGUAGCGAAAAUAACUUCUGUCAGCAAAGAAGCAUCAUAUUGAUUAAAAAAAGUGACAACAAAUCGGGAAUAAACAUUUUUGAUGAAUUCCUGGACAUUUAUGUGCUGUUUCGUUUGAAGGGGGGUAAGGGAGGGUUUGGAGCUAAUCUGCGAAAUAAAAAAAAAAAAAAAAAAAAAAAAAAAAAAAACAUCCUUGAUGAUGCCUCCAGAAAUAUAAGAGGAAAUAGAGUCCUUCUCGAUACGAUCAAGCAAACUACAGAAAAUCUGAUCAGCAAAAGAGAAAAAGAACAGAUCCUACUGGAAAAGCUUAACAGUGCCCCGCCCCUCAUUCAGGAGCUCUCCUAUGACAACGCGGACGAAUUGGAGAACAGGGGGGCGAUCCCAAGAGGUGAACCGGUUGGCCAAGCGCCCGAUCAGCGGAGAGACCAAUCCGCGGAUCACCACCCCCAUGGAGAAGACGCGCAAAUGCAGACAACGUUCCACCGGAGAAGCAACCUGCACGAUAUUGUGUACAACGGAAUAGUCCAGGAGGGGAAGCAGAAAAAAGAUAAGACAAAGAAAAAAAUCGACAAAGAUAAACGGGAAAAAAGUAGGAACCUGAAGUCGAUUGAAAAUAUGUACACCUGUUUGUGA